AUGCUAUCAUCACGAACACAUCAGCAAUCUUUAGCUAAUCCUGUUGUUAUUACUAUGGUUAUUGUUAGUUUUCUCAGUGUAACUAUCGAUCUUUCAAAGACACUUAGUUUUUUAUAUAAACUAAUUUUCAUGACAUGGGCUUCUAUUAAGCGUCAUAUACUUGUUUUUUCUUCACAUCGUCAAAGAUUCUAUGCACAUACUCUUCCUCUUAUCUUUUGUUUAAUUUAUCCAAUUUUAUUAUAUACUUACACUAUAUUUUUCUAUCCAUGUGAACAAACUUUUAAUUAUCAGCAAGUUCUUUGUGGUUCACCAUGUUUUAAACAUACUUCAUGUAUUCAUAAUAGAUAUGAUAUAUGUAUGCAUAGUGUAUUACCAUGUAUAUUAAUUCGAGUUAUUCGGCAUAAACGUCAUAUACAAGGACAAUUAUUUUCAGUUGCUUGUUUAGAUAUUAUUGUGAAUGCUCCACCCUUUACUAUUUUGAAAAUUUUUACAGCUAUAGAAUAUGUUUAUAUAUUUUUUAACAUUAUUCUUACCAUUCGUAUGCCUUGGAUCAGUUGGGAUAAAAAAUUGUUUAAAUUACUUACUCGUGUAUUAACACAAGAUCGUGAAAAUGAGAAAAAACCUGCUCGUAAAGCUCGACAUCGAUAUGAACGUCCAUCAGCACUUCGUAUUGAAAUGAAUACACCACAUCAUCGAGCACAUGGACAAAUUAAAGAAUCUGUUGAUUCACCACAAGCAAUGUAUACAAAAGUUCUUUCUGAUUUAUUACAAUCACAUAAUUAUUAUCGUGCACGUCAUUCAGCACAACCAUUAACAGUUAGUCAACGAUUAAAUCUUAUCGCUCAAAAAUAUGCUGAAUAUUUAGCUGCAACAUCAAAAUUUGAACAUAGUCGAAAUAAACUUGGAGAUGAUUCAUUAGGUGAAAAUCUUUAUAUGCAAUGGAUUUCUCAAGGUAAAGUACCAGUUAGUGGAAGAGAAGCAGCAAAAAAUUGGUACGAUGAAAUUGCAUUAUAUAAUUUUAAACAUCCAAGAUAUUCGGAAGAUACAGGACAUUUUACACAAAUGAUAUGGCAAUCAACACAAAGAAUGGGUGUAGGUGUUGCUUUAUCUAGAGAUGGACGAGAAGUUUAUAUUGUUACCAAUUAUUAUCCAGUGGGGAAUAUUAUUAAUCAUGGAUAUUUUGAAAAAAAUGUUCUACCUACUAAAUAUUAA